AUGGAAGUAGAGGAUGGGCGGCACUUUCGCAAUGACUUUGAUGAGGCGGCAAAGCCCGCUGAUUGGGAGGUGAAGCUCCGCACAGCUUUGGAGGCUGCCAAGACCACUGUCCUUGAGGCCGAGCACCGCAAGGGCAGCAUCUACACUGGUGCUGGGGGAGUGGCAUACAUGCUGCUACAUCUGGUGGCCUGUGGCAUUGAGGAUCCACAUGCAGCCUCUGCAGCCAGUGAGAUCCUAAUGGAGGCUGAAGCACAGUCGGACGCGCGGCGCGUCACUUUUCUAGAAGGACUUGCAGGCUGCGUGGCUUUGCAGGCUUGGACACAGAGCCUCCUUGGCAAGCCAGAGAAGGUGCAAGAGCGUUUGCGGAAGCUCGAGCGUUUGGCAGAGCGUGCAGCGGCCUUACCUGAUGGCGAGUGUGAAGUGCUUUACGGGCGCUGCGGCUUUCUAUCUGCGGUUUUAUUCCUGCGUCAGCGCUUAGACGACCGACAGCUCCUGUCCCAGUCCGCGACAGAAUUGGUGCGACAGGUGGUGGCUUCCGGACAGCGCAGUGCGCAGGAUGGCUGGCCUCUUUACUUUGAGUGGCAUGAGAAAUGCUACCUGGGGGGUGCACACGGGAUCGCCGGCAUCCUGAACAUUCUCCUGCAGUUCCCUCAGGAGCUUGCUACUGCCGGAAGAGAUGCGUCUGACCUCGUCCGUGCAACUGCUGAGAAACUGCUGGAUCAUCGAUUUGUGAGCGGAAAUCUGCCAUCCUCACUGGGUAGCGGCAAGGAUCGCCUCGUCCAGUUUUGCCAUGGAGCUACCGGAGCUGUGCCUUUAAUGCUGCGCAUGGCGAGUGUGUACAAGGAGCCCAGAUAUCUGCAGCAGGCCAAAGAGCUAGGAGAGGUGAUUUGGAGAAGAGGACUUCUGAGCACAAAGGGGCUUGGACUUUGUCAUGGUACGCCCGGCAAUGGUUUCGCGCUCCUCACCAUCUACAAGCGGACCGAAGAUGAAAAGUGGCUCAAUCGAGCCUUGCACUUCGCGGUCUUCGCAUGCGAUCAUCAGCGAGACCUGGUUGCACAGGCAGAUCGGCCCCACUCGCUCUUCGAGGGCCUUGCUGGGGCAGCCUGCUUCUGGGGCUCCGUGCUCCGAGCGGCCACGAGAGAUACGGCCACCGCCGGCUUCCCAUGUUACGACUUUGACUAG